AUGUUGCUGUUUUUAGUGGUUUUGCUACCAGUACUUUCCGCUGCGCCAAACGGUGCGAUACCUACCAAUACGGACCUCGGAAAUGGCGUCAGCCCUCAACGAAACGAUCCAGGGCAUAUAGAUGACCCAACAAAACCUAAUUCCGACAUUGGAAAUGGGGUCGCUCCCGGGCACUUUCCGACUCCUAUUGGCUCCGGAAAACCGUCAAUAUUUGUAAAACGGAAUUCGAGACGAGCUUAUGGGAGCUCCAUGAAUAAUAAUUAUUACUAUGAGCCCAGCUAUAGGAAUUACGAUACCAGCGGCUACGGUAGUUACGGUAGCUAUGGCUCCAAUCCCUAUGCCUACCGUGGCUCCGACGGCGCUCGUUAUAACAACUACGGGUAUACAAAUUACGACCAGCUGAAUGACGGUUACUACGAUAUCGGACAUGGCGCUUUUCCUUCAAACCAUCACUACGAUCCGAUAGAUCCGAACGGGGAGCCGCAAAACUACUUCUACAAUCCGUAUAUGAACGGUCAACAACAAAACAAUAAUAUUAAUGAUGAUAUAUUCGGGUGGAGGAGA